AAUAAUUUGCCAGCAAUUUGGAAAGAAAAAGCAGGCACUACAAAAAGUCGAUCGCAGCUAGUCCCAUGACGUCAUUAGCCGGGCCAGGUGUGUUUUGCAGUGACAUCUUCCAAUAUGCAGAAAUAUGAGAAAUUGGAGAAAAUUGGAGAAGGUACCUACGGCACAGUGUUCAAGGCCAAGAACAAAGAGACCCACGAGAUCGUGGCGCUGAAGAGGGUCCGACUGGACGACGACGAUGAGGGAGUGCCGAGUUCUGCGCUGAGGGAGAUCUGUCUACUUAAGGAGCUCAAACACAAGAACAUCGUCAGACUACACGAUGUUCUGCACAGCGAGAAGAAACUCACCUUGGUGUUCGAGUACUGUGACCAGGACUUAAAGAAGUAUUUUGACAGCUGCAGUGGAGACAUAGAUCCAGAAACAGUCAAGUCGUUUAUGUACCAGUUGUUGCGAGGCCUGGCAUUUUGCCACAGUCACAACGUCCUCCAUCGAGACCUGAAACCACAGAACCUUCUCAUCAACAAGAAUGGGGAGUUGAAACUCGCUGACUUUGGGCUGGCACGAGCCUUCGGCAUUCCCGUCAGAUGUUAUUCUGCUGAGGUGGUGACCCUGUGGUACCGCCCUCCCGAUGUUCUGUUUGGCGCCAAGCUGUACUCCACAUCCAUAGACAUGUGGUCGGCUGGCUGUAUAUUCGCUGAGCUGGCCAACGCCGGCAGGCCGCUGUUCCCGGGAAACGAUGUGGACGACCAACUCAAGAGGAUAUUCAGAUUGCUGGGGACUCCCACAGAAGACACCUGGCCAGGCAUGUCCAGACUGCCUGAUUAUAAGCCAUUUCCUAUUUACCAAGUCACGACAUCGUUAGCUGUGGUCGUCCCCAAGCUGUGCCCCAAGGGAAGGGACUUGUUACAGCGGCUGCUAGUCUGUAACCCCGCCCAUCGCCUCUCGGCUGACGAGGGGUUAAACCAUCCGUACUUCAACGACCUCAGCUCAGCCGUUAGAACAGGGUAACCAUGGAAACCACAUCAAUGCUGCGAUGAUCAAAGAACGUGUACUAUCAUGUUGCUAUGGCAACACCAAUCGGAUUAGCUGUUUUCUUGAAAUCACAAAAGUUAUAUUUUGUGGGUAGGAAAGAA